UCUUCGUGUGAACCCCGUCGACGAAAUCAUUCCAUCCAGCCGUCGAAGCCGUAUUCUCGGGGGUUUGGGAUUGUGGUUUUUCAUAAAUCUCGAAAGGAAAUGUGCCAAUAACUAUACAAAACGAAGUAUAGUGUAGUUGAAUCCCUGUGUUCGUGUUGCGAAACGCAAAAAGAUUGUGAACUGCUUGUGAACACGAAAUACGAAUGGCGUAUUGGGAGUUGGGACACGUUCAUUUUGUUAUUUCCACGGGAAAAUUCUCUACAUUAUAAUAAUUUCUGUAAUUUCCCAAAUGAUUCCGUCGGAUUAACGCUUCAGUUUUAUACAAAUAACUGAAACGUCACGAGCUGACCAAGCUGCUAAGGAUCUGCCGAGCCCGAAUUAUCUGUGAUAUACAGCUCAGCCUCUCGUCCGUCCUAUAAGGGCUGGGCCACCUGGGGCUAGGAGGCGAGUCUGCAGCAGCUUCCAGCGGUGAUCUCACCUGUCCUCUGUUACAGAGGCACAUAAACUGCUACCUGCUUUAUUGACUGCAUCACUACGAACCAUUGUUACUUAGUCUUUAAUUGAAACAAUAUGCAAUCUGUGAAAAUAAGUAUAAUGCUAGGUGGAUAUUGUAGAAAAUUCUAUUUAUAAUAAUUGUCUGAUGUCUAAUGUUUCUGUAAUAUUAUGUGUUCCACAUUUAAUUAAGGAUAAUUGUUACUCCAAUAUUAAUACUGUUACCGAACCAAUGCAAUGUAAAGACACCACCUUAAUGUUGGUGGUGAACACAAAUAAAUUUGGUGCUUCUAAGCGAGUCGAAGAAAAGAAUGAGAGUCAGCGAGUUAGUGUAAAGAUGAUAGAUAAUAAUAUUUAUAAUGUAGAGUUUGUUGUUAGUGUCCGACAAAACCAAAUGAUUGGCGAUACGCCUAACUACUGCAUUCCUUUAAAGAUUAACGCCAUAACAGUCCAGGGUAUCUCAUACAGUGACCCGUAUUUCAGUAGCUUUAACUUAAAGUAUAAGAUGGCGUUUCGAGCGCCAGAGUAUAUGAACAAGUCUGAUUACGCUUUUAAAUCCUCAGUUUGUAUUAUACAACAUGAGUCUUGUGAGAUGCAACUACUGAAUGAUAAGUCUGCUCAUGAUAUAAUGUGCAAAACGAAAACUCGAAUGAUCAGUGACACAGAAAUGUCCCUGAGAACGCACCAUGACAAUAAUGUAUCGAUACUUCAUGAUGAAUUGGCCCUUGUGCCACACGUAAAGACAUUUACAAAUGGUGAUCUCACCUUUGAAGCUAUGAUAGAAUUAGCAAAUAACGAGAAGAAAAUUAUAAAUACUAUGAAAAGCUCAGAUCUGGAUAGUUGGGGGAACCCAUAUCGUCUUAGGCUUUGUGGUGGAGGUGAAAGUUCCCUCAAUGCUGGCAGUGGCUGGGGCAGUCCUCCAACAGCCAAUAAUAAUGCAGCUGGUAACUGGGGUGGUAGCACCAGUGGUCAAACAAAUAACGGAACAAACAAUACUCAGCAAUGGAAUAAUACAGCUCAACGUCCGCCUACUUCUCAAGCUGAUUUGAACAGCAACAAGGGCAAUGGAAACCAAUUGCCACCAACCAGUGCUGCAUCUGCACAAAAUUGGCAAAAUUCUCCACCAAACCUGCCGAAUUCACAACCUAACAAUAAUGGAGCACCUGCUAGUAAUGGUACAAAUAAUACAACUAAUGGAAAUAAUGGAAUUAAUAAUGCUAAUGGGGGUGUGAAUGGUUCAGCUGCUGGCAAUGGGACCAAUGGUAACAACAACAGCACUUCAUCAGCCAAAAUUGAACAGUUAAAUUCAAUGAGAGAGGCAUUAUUUAGUCAAGACGGUUGGGGAGGUCAACAUGUUAAUCAAGACACUAAUUGGGAUGUCCCCGGUUCACCUGAACCCGGUGCAAAAGUUGAACCAACAGCAGCAGGAGGACCUCCUGCAUGGAAACCCAAUGUUAAUAAUGGUGCUUUCCUUGGAACUGAUCUGUGGGAAGCUAAUUUGAGAAAUGGUGGACAACCACCUCCACAACCCGCUUCUAAGACACCUUGGGGUCAUACUCCGACGACUAAUAUUGGUGGCACCUGGGGAGAAGAUGAUGAUGUUUCUGAUUCUGCUAAUGUGUGGACUGGGCCUCCACCACCACAACAGUGGCCAGCUGGUCCACCACAACAUUCUCAGCAAUGGGGCAUGCCAAAGAAAGAUGAUUGGAAUGCUUGGGGUGAACCUCAUAGAGGAGCAGAUCCAAGAUUGGAUCCACACAGAGGCUCCGACCCUCGGCAGCAGCCCGUGGAUCCGCGUCAUGAUCUGCGUGGUGGUAUUUCCGGUAGACUCAACACUGAUAUGUGGAGCCAGCAUCAACAUACAGGACCGAGCAAGAUGAUGCCAGGCAGUGGUGUCAGUCAAUGGGGAACACAGGGACCAAAGGACUCUAUCAAAUCGAGUGGAUGGGAAGAACCUUCACCACCAGCGGCGCGGCGCACUGGCAGUGGAUUUGAUGACGGUACGGCGUUGUGGGCUCAACGAACUGGAAUGAGUAUGGGUCGUGGAGGCCCACAGGGACCGCCCACCCAGUCUCGGAUACCGCCUACGCCCACUAAACCUGAUGCGGUGUGGGGCUCUCACUCUCAGCGAAAUGGUUCUUGGGAAGAGCCGCACGCUCCGGCGUGGCCCGACCGAGAUGGGCCAGCUUGGCCGGAUGCAUCUGGCCCGGGAUUAUGGCCCGUGCCCAAACCGAAACCGUCCGGCCCUGCAGGUGGCUGGCCUGACGAUAUUGGAGAGUGGGGUGGGCCCAAACCACCUCAAGGGUCCCUAGCCAAACAGCUUCCAAAAGAAGUCAUUUGGAAUAGCAAACAAUUCAGAUUUCUGGUGGAAAUGGGUUUUAAAAAGGAAGAGGCAGAAGUAGCCUUGCGUAGUCGCGACAUGAACGCUGAAGAAGCGCUAGAACUGUUAGCAGGCGCACGAGGUGAUGGUUGGCGACGCGAUGAACAUUUUCAUCCUGGAGGUGGAUUUCAACCUCCUUCCGUUCCCGCGGUAUCGCCUGCUGUUGUACAGAAACUGCUCAACCAACCUCCACCGCAGCCAGUGCACCAUCAACAAUAUCCCACCAGUGGUACGGGUAAUAGUGGGCAGCCAAGUGCUGCUCAGCUCCGCAUGCUAGUCCAACAAAUACAAAUGGCUGUCUCUGCUGGCUACCUCAAUCAUCAAAUACUGAAUCAACCACUGGCGCCUCAAACCCUCGUUUUACUAAACCAACUUCUACAACAGAUAAAAGUACUUCAGCAGCUUUUACAGCAAAACUCAUUGGCUAUGGCGAAAGGGCACUCUUCGGUUGCCCUACAAUACUCUGUACAAAUUACUAAAGCGAAGCAGCAGAUAACUGGGCUACAAAACCAAAUAGCAACACAGCAAGCAUUGUACAUGAAGCAGCAAAGUGGAGGCGCAGACUUGUUCAAGCAGGGUCAUGAUCCACUCGGUCCAUUACAGAGCAAUUUUAAUGAAAUAUCCAUCACGAAAGAUACACAACCGUCUUUUGGUGGAAGUGGAAAUCAGCAGUCUCGCUUAACUCAGUGGAAGUUGCCUUCUCUUGACAAGGAAGGUGAAGGCUCGGAAUUUAGCCGUGCCCCCGGUACUGCCAAGUCUGCGACAAGUCCUCAACUUAACCAGCUAGGAUUGCAGCCUGAUUCGACAUGGGGAGUAGGUCGUGGCUCUGAGGGCUGGGGCGACACUACUUCUGAUGUGGCCGACGGAAAAGAUUGGCCCACCCAUACGUCCCACCAGCCUGUCUUUGAUCUUGUACCUGAGUUUGAACCUGGAAAACCUUGGAAGGGUAAUCAGAUGAAGAGCGUCGAAGAAGACCCUGCGAUGACACCCGGUUCAGUCGUCCGAUCACCAUUGUCGCUGACUGCCAUCAAGGAUACCGACAUGCUAGGAGGCAAGAGUUCCCCGCCCGGCGCUGAGCGCAGCCUCUCCUCGUCUACGUGGAGCUACGCGCCGAGCGCUGCCGCCGGCAAGGACGCGUGGGCCGGCAAGCCUCGCGCCGCACCGCCCGGUCUGAACAAGCCGUGGCCCCAGCCGCGCCAUCCGAUCCCGUCUUGGCAGGCUUCCACUUGGCUCCUUCUCAAGAACCUCACAGCUCAGAUUGAUGGUUCCACACUCAAGACCCUGUGCGUGCAGCAUGGACCUCUUCUGAACUUUCACUUGUACUUAAACCAGGGGUUGGCUUUAGCUCGCUAUUCCACUCGCGAAGAAGCUGCCAAGGCUCAGAUGGCACUGAACAAUUGCGUGUUGUCUAACACGACGAUAUUCGCGGAGUCUCCCGCGGAGUCGGAGGUGCAGCUGAUCCUGCAGCACCUGGGUUCGGGCGGCGGCGGUGCCUGGCGCGGCGGCGGUCAGACCAAGGAAUGGGCAGGGUACAACUCGCUGUGGCCCGACCAGCACGACCAGCGGGCGACGCCCUCCAGCCUCAACUCGUUCCUGCCGCCGGACCUGCUCGGCGGAGAGUCCAUCUAAAUCGAGUCGGCUUGGUUCCUCGGAUAGAGUUAAGACUCGUUUGCGGAGGUGAGUCAGCGCUUGCCUCCGUUUCCUCAUAUUUAUUUUGUUGCGCUCGAGGGCUGUUGCUGUUUUGUCCGUCGGGCGAUCGCGUUCCGAGAUUUGUUCGUGUUCGUUUUUUUUUUUUUAAUUUUUAUUAUUCGUGUUUUUUUUUUUUUUUUUUUUAAUUUAUAUACGUCGUGUUUUAAACUGUUUAAUUUUAGUUUUGAAUCCUCACCGUGGGCGUCGAGCUUUCGUUUUCCAUUAGUGAUAUUUACGCAGCAAUAAAAACGCAAGUGCAUUUCACAGAUUAACAAAGAUGUAUAAUUAGUUUGUAAUUUUUAUAAAAUUAACGAAAUUCAUAUAUAUACAUAUAUAUAUACUAUAAUAAUAUUAAAUAAUAUAAAAUAAUGAGAUUGUGUAUGUGUUGUAAGCGCACGGUCACGGACACGAGUACGCGCGGGGAUUCCCGCGUCCCAGUAAUCCUGUGAUGUAAAAUAUCUUGCCUAACGUAAGGAUAAUGUAUUUUGUUGGACCAGCGUCGAGUCGCCGGCGGUCGGCCUUCGUCGAUGCUAAAAUUUCCCCAAAUUUUUUCCAGUAUUUGUGAUUCAAGUGCCACUUUAUGUUUAAUAUUAUCUAUAUUAAACGAUUAUCUAGAAUAUACGAUUAAUGUAAGGAUAACCUGAUAUAUUUAAAUUGAAAAUUGUUUUAUCAUUUUAUAAUAUUACACACGUUUGUGAGAGACGCGUUAAAAAAAAAAAGUACUAUGAACGACCGUAAUUAAAAAUAUUACACUUUUGUGUAUAGAUAAUAGUAAAGUUCUAACUUAAAUUUAGCCAUAUCAAUGUCUAUUUAAUAUAAAAAAAAAGAUUUGUGGUAUUUUCUAUAGGCUCAAUUUGAACGUUAUUCAAAGUGACAUAUGCUUUAGAUAUUCUGUUAAUGAUAUACUUGUAGUAGUCGUAACUCGGUCGGUAUUACAUCAUCGUAGCAUUAAGCGUUAAAUAUAAGUCUUAACUUAGGUUUCAAGUAAGCAUACUGCUGAUUAUAUAGAAAGGCAACGAUCGCACCCUGUACAUUUAAAUAUCCAUAAAGUUUAUUUACAAUUAUUUUUUUAUUUACUAUUUAAUUUAUUGUUGGUGUGCCACAGAGAUACUCUGCCAAAUACGUUGUGUAAGAACGGGUCUGCGUUCAUCUCGAUCGGGCGCGUGUUCGCCUUCCAUUGCGGCGUGGGAUUAGGCGCGACCGCGGCACUGUACUCUAUAUAUAACUCUAGUGUGAUGUGUUCAUUUAGAGAAAGUAAUUAGAGUUUUCAUUAUGUAGCUGUUAAGUACAUACCGAAGCCGGAUGUUUCGCGUUUUUCUUCGUUAUUUGCGUGUUUUUCGUUGCUUUUAUCGACUCUUUAACAUCGUCAUUUCGAACGCGGAGCUAAUAUAAUUAUCGGAUAGUACAAAACGAAACGAGUGCUUUCGAUUGUCUAAUGAGAUGAUGAUAUUUUUUUAUUACGAUGCCGCCUCAUCAUGGCACGCGCGGGCUCGCCUCAGGGGCCAUAGUCGAGAUCGACACGACGUUUUAUCUGUUAGGUGCCAAAGAGUGAGUAUCAAAGAUGAAUAUGUCCGGAUUGUUUGCAUUUUUUUUUUUUUUGAACUUUUGUGAAGAUUCUUCCAAAUUAUAUAAAUAACGGGUUAAUGAUCUGAUGUUCCUAUGACAUUCGUUACUUUUGCAAUAGUUGUUUGACAAAUGACUCGAACGUCGAUAUAAUAAGUAUUGUUGAGAAGCUCAAUGAUUUUACCUGAGAAUUAUUUCAUAACGAAUAAAAUAAAACGUAUCGUUUUAAACUGUAACCGCUCUGUCCCCACGGCGCCGAUGUCGGCGGGCGUGUCAUAUUCAGUCGUUUGUUGGUGCAAAUUCGAAUUUUACAGCAAUAAAUUAAAAUAUAAUAAAUUAAUUUUAUAUAAAAAAAAAAUUUUCAAAGUUUUAAUGUUAGUCGUGCUGAUCAUACGGAGAGUGUAAUGAUCGAGCGCCCUAUAGGAAUUACAUUGUCCAUAGUGUUGUAAAACGAAAGAAGUAUAUAAUAUAAUUAAUGCCUUGAAAAUUGUAGUCAGUAAAACUUAUCAGUACUUAAUAAUUAUAAUAGAUGUGCAGUAAUUAUGUGGGCGGUUUUUGCGACCGCGAAAGGCAAGGUUGUGAAUGUGGCGCCGAAAUGACGAGUCGCGCUGCUCUGAAUCUCUACGCGGUUCUUCGGCCGCGACAUAUUCCCAGCACACAAUUAUUGCGCCAUGUGCAAUUUAGUCUGUGUUAUUAUUACGUUGUUGUAUAAUAAUAAUAAUAAUAUUAUUAAUAAUAAUAAUAAUAGUAAUUGUAUCUUACAAUAUUUAUGUAUAUUGUGGAAUAAUAAUAUUCGAUAAAAUAUUUAAAAAAAAAUACGCUUCACGCUUUUCAAUUUUAACUCUUUUUUUUUUCAUCUUGACCUUUCUGUUAUAUAGGAUAAAUCUACGUACCUAAAAGUAAUUAUUAUAGUAAUUAUCGUAGAGUUUAUAAUAAAUGUAAGAAAGAAAAAAAAAUAAAAAAAAAAACAAAAAAAAAUAAAAAAAAUAUUGAAAAGUAAAUAAAUAAACGAAAAGCAAUUAAAAGUAACCAAUGAUUGUGCCUCAAUGAACUGUGGUACGUUACCGUAAAAUGGCAGAUAUGUAUUAUUGAUUUGUUUGAUGAAUGUUAUCGUAAUGAAAUUGUGCGUUGGACUUUCCCUCGUGACUAGAUGUUAGGACAAUAUAAGGCUGCGUGCACCCCACGCCUUGUGUAAUCAUAAAAUGAGCUUAGCUACGUUUUAAUUUUAUUGUAGUUGUUAUGUGUCGUCGAAUCAACAUUUUUUUAUAUAUACAACAAAAAUACCUAUUUAUUUAAAUAUUUUUAUAUAUUUUAUGUCAAGCUUUUCAUGAAUUUUUCAACGGAUUAACAUGUAUAUGUAUAUGUGUAUAUAUAUAUUAUAUUCUGUGUACGCUUCUCGUAUGAAAAGUUUUAAAAUCCAUAGUUAUUUAUCCUGCAAUCUUUCAAAUAUGUUUUCUCAAAUACUUGAAUGCCAAAGUGGUUGUCUAAAUUCCAUUUAAACGACCAGCCGACUUGAGGCGUGGAUCUCCAACAUCACAAUAAUAUAUUGUUCGUACAAAUGGUAGCCAUUUUUAUUUUUUUUAUUGUUUUGUAAUUAAUAAAUAAUAAAAAAAAACAGCCGCUAGUUCUCUCCAAGCUGCUCCGGUUUUAUAGCUCAACUAUUAUAAUACAUAUUUAUGAAAUUUAGUUUGCUCAUAAAUUAUUAUUGUUGUUAUUUAUAAUGUUUUUUUUUUUAAUUAUUUUUUAAAAUUGUCUCUUCCUUUAAUCGGAGUGAAAAUCGAAACGAUUUGUUUUCGUAAAAUGUCUCAAUUUAGAUGUUAAAUGUUUUAAGAGAGAGAAAGAGAGAGAGAGAGAGUUCGCUUUGAGUACAGUUUUUAGUUUGGAGCUUUUACCGCCUAAUUUAUUAGUAUUUUGUAUUAUUGUAUCUCUUUUAUUAUAAAUCUUUUUAUUAUCUCUGGAUUAUGUUAGCGUUGUCGUGCCAUUAGUUUGUUAGAGCCCGGCCAAGAUUGGAAGUUAAAAAUAUUGGUUUAAUCAAAUAUAUUAAGCGACAAUAGGCUUACGUUUAUAAAGAAAGGAUCGCUACUUGUCUCUUGGGCAUAUUCAGGUAUUAGGGACCAAAACGGGGAAUAUAAAUUAUAUGUAUGUAUUUUUUUCUAAAUAAAAAUAUUUAAUUUUAUUGCAAGUAAUUUUGACAGUCUAUAUAUAUGUAUAUAGUAUGCACUAAAAGACAUUAUUUUUUCAAUUGUUUACAAUGAAAACGGUGUCGCUUUGUACUGACAAAACUUAAAAUACGGCAUUAAUAUAGUUAAUUAUAUAAACGAUAUUCAGGGCCUUUUUUAAUUUGAUAAAAAAGAGAAAAAAAAAACGAUUAAUAUUUAAAAGUUAAAGUAUUGCUUGUUAUCUUUAUUUAUAUAUAUAUAAAUAAAAAAAAGCUUGUACGUUACGAACGUUGACUUUUUGAUACAAUAGAAAGCGCAUUAGGUUUUUAAUAUAUUAUCUACAAUCUAGUCUUCCUUAUUUACGAAGGGGUCGCAUCGGUGGAGGCGUGCUUCCUAUACUGGGCGCUCGUCGGCUGGCGGGGCAAUCAUACCUCUAGUCUUGUUAUGUGGUGCGUUAACUCAAUACCAAAUAUAUUAAACGAAGGCUUUGACCUAGUGUAGAGGGUAACUGUAGAUUCGACCGGGGGCAGCUUGGAUCCAAUCGCGUUCACGACCAAACGAUUCGGUAGUAUUAUUGUAAUGCAUUUAAUAUUCUCUUUUUUUUUUUGUCAUAGUCACUCGAGCAUGUCAGUUUUUUUUUUUUUUAAUUAAUUAAUUAAUUGAGCUAAUGCCUAAAAAAAAGAUUGGAUUAUCAGAGUUUAUUUAGGAUGUUUCAUAGUUUACAUUUUAGUGUUAAAACAAAUUUACCUUAAUUAUUGUAGUAAAUGGAUUUUUGUAUUAUCGGUAUAUUAUAUUAUUAUAUAGCUGUAAGGAUAAAGGGUGUUCUUGAUAAACACAAACAACUGAACUUUAAAUACAAAAAAUAAAUAAAAAUAAAUAAUAAUGUACUGAGUGACUUUACGUGUAAACAGAGGGCCAUUGAUAAAAAAGAAUGUUGUUUAAGCUAAAUUCUCUAUAUUACGAUUAAUUAAAUGUGAUCGUUGAGAAUAUUUUUAUCCGCUAUAUAAUUAUAGUUAUAAUAGUUGUAUAAGUGUUCGGUUAUCUUUUGUUUAGGGUGGGACCACGCGAGCUCUGGGGCUCGCCGUGUCCCCGAUCACUUGUCCCUUCCAUUGGAACACUCCCCUUCUGAACAUGUAAUGAUUCAGUAUGUUGCUUUAGAUCGGUUGUUGUGGCCAGUGUACGUUGUCAAGGCCAAAACCCCACCAGCGGUUAAACGAAGCAGUGGCCUAUAGAUUGCUGCUCGCUAACUAAAAAGCACUGCUCCCCCUAGUCUCUCGCAUUAGAAUGUCGCACGCACGACUGUAUCGAGCAUAAUUUAACGAUCAUAUCCUAUCAAUCUAGUUUUAUUCGUAUUAUUCUUUCAUUAGAUCUCUGUUGUACCUGUGUCGAAUUGUUAUGUUCAAUUUGUACCGUAUGAGUAGUAUUGACUCGCGUUUCGAGAACACCGCGCUCUCCGCACACACACACACAAACACACACAUACACAUAUAUACGUAAUUGCGUAGUUCGAUCGACCAAUUCUUAAUGUUCGACGAUGAUAAACUCGACUAAACUCCUCGUUCUGACGAUAUUUUUGUAUGUUUGGCGUCGAAAAUCAAAUACUCUGUGGUCUUAAAACUUAGUCACUUUUGUACCUUGAUCGUACUUGAAUAAACUGAUAUCCUAUUGUAAGAGAGGAAUGACGAAUCCAAUUCUGAUAUAUACUUAAUUUAAAUUUUGACAGACUGAUAUCUGUGAUUAAGAAGAUAUAUUUAAUAUUAUCCAGUGAGUCGGAUGAAAAUAUUUAUUUUGUUAGGUGUUACCUACCGCCGACGGCGCACACCCGCUCAUGCGACGAGACAUAAAUGAUAUAACGCGUAAUCGCUUUGAUUAGUUUGAGUUUUUUUUUAAAUUCCUUUAACGAGGUAUCGAGUCUGAGUACAUUAUGAUGGUCGUCACACGAAUGAGUCGUCUACCGUUGUCGGUUGAUAUAUUGUACAAAACGAACAAAAGUCUUUAGUAAUAAUUUAAAAAAAACCCACCAUAUUCAGAAGUUAGACAUCCUUCCCGUCGAGUCCAAACUUUGAAUGUAUUCGUGUUUAUAUGACAUCGUAAGAGUCCGCGCCCGGACAGACUGAUCUAAGGAAAUUAUCGAGUACCACCGAUGUCAUCUGAACUAUGUUUCCCUUAACGAUUGAUCUAUGAACGUUGCAUAUCGAUUACAUUUCUUAUUCGAAUUAUUUUGUUGUAUUCAUAUCCGUGAUUUCAAUAUUGCGAUUUAAUUUAAACGGUAAUGUUUCUAUGUUAACAUAAUAAUAAUAAUAAUAAUAAUGGACACAAAUCGUUGUACGCCCGUGUAGACCGCCGAUCCGUAAUUGAACAAUUGGUGUAAUUAUUUUCGUAAUAAACUUAAAAGAAAAUAAAUUCGGUACCACCUUUAUUAUUUUAAAGUACAAUUCUAGUUAAUAAAGAAUGUUUCAGCGACGUAUUAAAUCGUUAAAUUAUAUCGGAAUAAAUCUUAAUAAUGUUAAUUUUAAUAAGGUAGCGUUAGGCUUAAGGGCUGUCUCGUCUCGCAUUACACCAAUUAAAUAAUUAUUCUCCUCAACAAUAUAUCUAUAUUCAUAUUGGAACACUAAACUUUAUAGAGAACUUACUAAAUUAUUGCAUAAUUAUAAAUAUCAAUAGGAUAAUAAUUAAAAAAUUUUCUGUGCAAAUCUCUGUGAUGGGAAAAUUAAUUCUAAAGAUCUAGUAUUAACUGAAGAUGAAACGUGGGUCGUACUGUGAACUGUCUGCACGCUAGAGGCAUGCACGUACCUACAGAAUACUCAGAAAUAUCUCGAACGUCCGUCGUCACAGCGAGACGCACAUUUCAUGUUAAGGCCUCGGUUUCAUCGCGACUUUAAAAGUUGAACUUUUCAGUCUUUUUCGCGCAAAGGGUUGUGUAUUAUUUUUUACGUAGUACAAAAUGUGUUCGCAAUUUGAUUGCUGAUGUAGUGUUCCUUGUGUUCUUAAUCAAUUAUAUUUGUUGAGUAUUUAUUUGAAACUUUGUAUUCUGAAAACUAUUGUAUAUUUUUAUUAAUUAAUAGUCAUGAGGCAUGCGCAAUAAUAAUAAAAAAAAAAGAAAAAAAAAGAAUUCGACGUAGUAAGAUGUAAACGGCUGCCUUAAUAGUGAUAUGUAUUUGUAUCAAUAUGUACACCAUCCUCUACGUAUUUUCCGUCGCCGAUUCAAAGUUUGGAUCGUUUUUGUUCCGUCACGUACCAAAUAAUAGCGUAGCGUAGCCCCGCUACGUGUCUGCACACGGCCCUCGCUGGUGUCCACGGUCACCCGCGCUGGGGAGCAGUGAGGGGACGCGCAACGGGUCUGUGCUCUCCUUAUUACCUCAGUCUAAACCUCAUCUAGAAUCUUCUAACGCUGUUCGUCCCCCGCCCAGUACUUAUCGCACGCACUGCACUGUUAUUUGGUACACAGUUUCUUUUAAGUUAUUUAUAAGGCGUUUAUCGUGAAUUUUUAUCUUUAUAUCAUAUAGUCGAUAUAUUUUAUUGUUAUUUUUCUGAUACUAAUAAACUUAAAAGCAAUGUAUAUUACAAAAACAAAGCAGGAGAACAAUAAUUAUUAUGUAAGUGUAACAGUUAGUGAAUUUAAGUGUGCUAUUUUCCAUUCCAGAACUCAACGAUAUCAAUGUUCUUGUAAUAAACUUAUGUUCGGGUUUUAAAAAGAUGUUAUUAAUGUAUAAUUAAAACUAAACCUUAUGUGAUUGAAAUGCAAUGUUUAGAAGUAUUUUUAUUCUUUAUUUUUUACCAUUAAUUAAUAAUAGUUAGUAGAGAUCUAUUUGAGAGUGUAAUGUAUCAAUUAUUUGUAAAGUUGGCUGUAACUAAUUAGAGGUUACAAUAAUAAUUAGACAUAUUUUAAUAUAAACAUUUUGAGCAAAUUUUAUGUAGAUGACAAAUAGUUGUUUUGAUGUUUAUGUGAAGUGUUGUAUCUUAUAGAAUGAUAUCGUUAGCGCAAUGUGUACGCACACAGUGUUGGGCCCUUCGGCUCCACACUCCCUGCACACCACUGCUAGACUAAUUCACUUAUUGUGUAAGGAUAAUAAACCUUUAUAGUAUAUAGGAAAAUAAAUAAAUGUUUAACGAAAAGUCCCUAUAUAAUUGAACUGACGACAGAAACGCAUGUUAUAUUUGUGGCCUCUUUAUGUAUAAGAUCUAAGUUACAUGUUAAAGAAAGAAGAAAAUAUAUAUAAUUUUUGCUAUGCACAGAAAUGAUACUCAAUUAAUUGCCAAAAAGUUAUAUGUAUAUUCAUAGUUCAACAAUAUUUCUUUUGGGCAUAUUUACUUUGAAUUUAUGCAAAACUUAGAUUAUGGUAAGUAGGUUGUAGAUUAUAUGUAGAUUGGAUGCAUAUAUUAUUAUAAAAUAUAUCUAUAUAUUUAAAGUAAGCUGAAUUUCAGAAGUAUCAAUUCUUGUAUUGUUCGUAAGUUUAGAUAAUAAAUGGGUUUAGCCAUACUUCGGCUGGUUUGAUAUGUAUGUUAUCUGAUUAAUUGUAAAAAAUAAAAAAAAUCAAUAAAAA